CAGCCUUUGAGCCCCUCCUCCAGAUGGCCACGGUGCGCCUCUGUACCAAUGGAAACAGGUGGGAUCCCCGGACUCCUCCAAUCACACCCUCCCUCCGUGCGGGGGGGGAGUCCAGGGCAGGAGGCAGGACCCAAACCAACUUCCACACUCACCACAGGAAAAGUCGGGAAAACACAUCUGUCCCCGCAUGUCGCUGUUUCUGCUUGCCUGCGUGUGUUUUUAAAGCUGUUCCGGUGAAUAUUAGCAGGGCAGCGGUGCGCCGGAGCGCUGCUGAAGUACUUGCCGCCACUUGGCCGCUGUUGCUGGGACGGUUCGCUGCGAUGGAGAACACGUACUAACCGGAUUUGGAAUUGUUUUUCUCUUGGAUUACUCCCCGUUAAACCGACCCAGUUCGUUUCCCGUUGAUAUUAUCUUGGUUUCGCUGGUAGUGUGGAGUAGUGAAUACUUUGAAAAUGCCUGCAAAAACCAAGUACAACCUCGUUGAUGAUGGGCAUGAUUUGAGGAUCCCGUUGCACAACGAGGAAGCAUUCCAGCAUGGGAUCAACUUCGAGGCAAAGUACAUCGGCAGUCUGGAUGUGACAAGGCCGAGCAGCCGAGUGGAGAUUGUGGCUGCGAUGAGAAGAAUACGGUAUGAGUUCAAGGUGAAAAACAUCAAGAAGAAAAAAGUCAACAUUGUGGUGUCUGUAGACGGCGUGAGAGUGGCCUUGAGGAAAAAGAAAAAAGUAGGAAGAGCUCAAACAUCUGAUUGGCUGUUGACCACUGGCUGUGAAAAGAAGAAGGAGUGGACGUGGGAUGAGAGCAAGAUGAUGGUGAUGCAGGAUCCCAUUUACAGGAUAUUCUAUGUAUCUCAUGACUCGCAGGAUCUGAAGAUUUUCAGCUACAUCGCCAGAGACGGACAGAGUAAUGUCUUCCGCUGCAAUGUCUUCAAGUCCAAGAAGAAGAGUCAGGCCAUGCGUAUCGUUCGGACAGUCGGCCAGGCGUUCGAGGUUUGUCAUAAACUGAGUCUGCAGCACACGCAGCAGAACGCAGACGGACAGGAGGACUGCCACAGUGAAAAGAACGGCAACGACUCCUCCAUCACAGGCGUGCGUGCUUAUCCACCUGUAUGUGUGUGUACUUUCCUCGGCUCAGCUCGGGAGCUAACGGGCUCCGAGAAGACGGUGGCCGUCACCGAGGAGACGGAUAUCGAUGCGGAGGAGGCGAGUCAGGUGACGGCAGCAGAGGACUCGAACCUCAAUAGAGGGGUUACUGAUCUUGACGCCACAGCCAAGACACCCGACCUGAAGCCCGCAGAGAUCAAGGUUUCAGAGGAGGCCUCUCUGCUGAUCGCCAGCCCCAGGAUGCUGCUCCCUGCAUCGAGCAUGCUGCCACCAGGUGGCCCCCUGUCUGUCCACCACCAGAUCCAGCUGCUCCAACAGCAGCUCCAGCAGCAGCAGCAACAGACACAAGUGGCUGUGGCACAGGUCCACCUGUUGAAGGACCAGCUGAGUGCGGAGGCCACGGCUCGGCUGGAGGCCCAGGCUCGAGUCCACCAGCUGCUGCUGCAGAACAAAGACCUGCUGCAGCACAUCUCCCUGCUGGUUAAACAGAUCCAGGAGCUGGAGACCAAGAUGUUAGGACCAAACUCCAUGGGAUCUCAGGACAGUCUGUUGGAGAUCACCUUCCGGUCUACAGUACCUCCGGUGAUCUGCGACCCCACAACGCCCAAAUCUGAUGUGUCCCCCCUCAACCUGCCCGCGCUGGGCACCACUGACGGGAACAUCUUCUCAUCUUCCAACGGGACUCUGGGAAGCCCCUUAGUUGAUCAAAGUAUGUUUGAGAACUCCAUUGCCCAGCAGCAGAGUCCUCAGAUCUCCAGGCCGGGCCAGCCAUCGGCCCGACGCUCCCCAGCAUCAGCUAAUCAUAACCUGGGGUCCAGCUCCGUCGACUCCCCAUCGUCCGGAGGCCAACAGAGGCUUAAGAAUGCUAUUAACCUGGGCAAGGCCGUCGGAGCUAAGGUCAAUGACUUGUUAAGAAGAAAGGAGCCCAGCCACCUCGGGGACAUCGGGGUCACUGAGGUCAACAAGAACGUUGGUGCCGUGUGGAGCUGUAUGGACCAACUCAAUCUGACCACUGCAAACAGUCACAUCUCCUCCUUCGACUCCUUCCCCCGGCUGGACCCACCACCCCCGACGGGGAAGAAGCGCCUCCCUCGGGCGCUGAAGACCACCCAGGACAUGAUGAUCUCCUCUGACCCUGUGGUCUCUUCUCCGGACCCCGCUGACUCUUCUUCCUUCCUCUCUUCUCCUGAGAAGACCCCCCUCAUCGCCCCAGAGGAGCUGGGGAACAGCGAGGAGCAGCAGCAGUGCGCCAAGGCGGACGAGGGGUCAGAGGAGAUCCCGUCGGGCCCAGCAGAGAACGUUAAUGCUGAUUGUUGGGAGACAACAGGAACAAACGGCAAAGUUGAUGGAGUGACAGGUGGAGAAGAAGAUGAUGUGGAAAACGGGAGCACUGAAGGAGGCUAUGAGGAACAUCAGCUGCAGCUCUCUGUGCCAGACCUCAUCAACAAAGAUCCUCCCCCGCUGGAGCCCAGAGCGAAGCACUGCGACGUCUGGCAGAAGGUGUCAGGGCAGGACUCCCGGCUGGCCUCCACACCCCGCUCGGGGAAAACUUCCUGCCGCAUCAGCCUGGGCGAGGAAGUCCUGCUGGGGAACGGCGCCCCCUGCAGUAAAGGCAGCGGGGUGAGCGCUGAAGACUCCGAGCCCCACCUGGACCUGCUGUCGUUUGAGUGACAAGCAGAGCCAGAUACCAGUUCAGUAUGUCUCCAAAAGUUUUCAACUUUUGCUCUUCAUUUCAACUAAUGAGGCUCAAGAGGUAAAUCAAACAGACUGAUGAUGAGUACUGCGGAUACAAUAUUCACUGCCACUUUUGAAUACAUAACUCUCCCUGCACCAGGGUUUGCUUUAGGAAAAGGGAACAAGUGCUCCCAGGAAUGGAAGGGGCCUUUGGCACGAUGUGUGGAUGGGUUUAGAUGUCCUGGUGAUACAACAACGGACAUACACAACCAGCUUCUUCCUGAUGAUAUGCACACAAUGCUGACCAGCACCAGGUGAUGAAUACGUAGCAAGAGAGAAAAAGUAUCGCAGGUGAGGUUCAUCAUGGUGCGGAGAUAAUACAUCAUUUAACAUUUCAACUAUAAAACACAUAGCUAUUAAGGAAUAUAAUUUUAUCUCGGUGUACUUAUCGUGUUAUAGGUCCUCCAAGUUUUAUAACAUGUCACGUCAGCUUUAGGAGUGCAGUAAUACCAGAUAAUGUAAUAAUGACGUAAUGUAUCAUUGUAAUGAAAUAUCCCUUUAAAUGGGCAGAAAAUGUUUCAUACUUCAUACGGACAUAUUUUCUUCAUGAAAAUGUCAAACGUUAUUACUUUUAAAGAAUGUAUGGAUUAGUACUUAUCCGCAAUAAGUUAUUAUGUUAGCAUGCCAUUCAUUUUUAAAACCAGGUGAUGGUCACACUGUAAGUGCAAAUUCUACAAAAGCUGCUACAAUGAAACCAAUUACAAACUGCAACUAUAUAUUGUUAUAGAGCAAUAUCAUUUACAUUCAAUACAACAGGAGAUAUAUAUAUAUAUAUAUAUAUAUAUAUAUAUAUAUAGGAGAAGUUCUAGCAGAAUUGCCAUCAGUGUAAUAGUAUUUCCUGUAUGGACAUGUCUUGAAAACUGAAUGCAGACUUGGUAGGAAACAAGAGGGAGAGGCAGAAGGAAUGUGGAUGUGUUAGAGAUGGAGAGAUUUCUUUACUUUCAGUUCAGUCGAUACCAAAUGUCUCGCAGCAGUUUCCGCUGGAGUUUGUCAGGACUGGAAGCCUUUUGACCCGUACCGUGACUUCAUCCAUGUUCAAUCAUUUUUUACCCAUUUUUGGUCCAGUAUGAGUUUUAGAACUCGUCCCCUCCUACUCCGGCCAAUGUCACAGAUUGUGUCCCUGAAAGGGACUUUUUUUUAAAGCUCCAAGCACGUAAGAACAUUGAUCAGUAUACCCGAUCAAUACGUCGCUUUUCUUUUCUUUUAGAUUUAUUUAUUUUUAAGAAAAAAGAGCAGACUAUAUAAACACUCUGCCAAAUCCAUACAAGACAUAUAAUGAUAAAUAGUUUUGGACUCCAGCAUAAACAUGAUAUGACAACAGUGCCUUCUGCAGCACGAAACAGCUGCCAGGACAUAAAAUGAAUGCAAAAUACAGAUAAUAAUUCUAAAGAAAUGUUUGUAUUUUGUGGUGAUAAUUUAUCAUAAUAACAAAUGAUAAAACUUUACCUAUUAACUCCAGAUAUUGUGAUUCUUUUUUAUUGUUGCCCUAUGCACCAUUAUAAAUAAGCUUAUCUUUAAUGAGCAAAUAUUGGAAGAAAAGAAAUUGGGCAGUUUGUGGGACCAGAUUCAGUUUAUUUAAAUGAGCGCAUCUCUGGUCCAAGACGAGAUUGGCUUCCAGGCUUCCUUUCUGCUGACAUAAAUUGUCUUCUGAACUGAAAGUAGACUCUUAUUACGCCCCAUAACCUGACAAAGAGUCAGGAUGAAAGGAUGGACAGGCGGCAUGUGGAGGGCGGGCUGGUGAAAAGUUGUUUUUGAGCAAAAGACAGAGAAGAUAAUGAGCUGUCAACAGAGAGACAUGAAAGAGGUGUAUUUUGUUCAAGCAGAUAUUUAGGCGACAGACCAAAGAUGGAAAUUAGAGGCUCAGUCGGACAAGUUGUUUUUUGUCAUUGAGUGAAAAGAGAAGCAAUAUUUCAUACAGAAGAAUCUUUUUUUCACUUAAUGAAAAAGUUAAAACCAAAGUCAAAGCAUUUGAAACUAUUUGAACUCACAUUGACAGUCAGGUGUGUUCAGCUGACGUUAACUGGAAGUCUGCUUCAACUGUGUCAAUGUGUCGCUGUAGGCGGAGCAGGACCAUUGGUUGUUUUAUCUCAAUCAGUGGAAUUAUGUAUUUUUAUAACACUGUUAUCUGAGCGUCUGUUCCGUACGUCUGUGCUAAAUUCAAUUUAUGGAACACGCAUGUAAAGCAAGCUUGCAGAUCUCAAAUCUCGACCCUAAAAAUAACCCGUUGUUCUGUGAUAUCCUGUAGUGGCCUCUAUAAGUGACCACUGUGUCCGUGCAGGGACUUCCUGACUUAAACAAAAACAGCAACAAAUUCCCAGAAGACACCGAGACAUACAAAAAGCCAGCUGUAGUUGCGGUCAGGUCCUGCAGAAUGAGAGGAAUGUGGCUGAACUCUGUUAGAGAAAGGAAGCUUUGUCUCUAUGACUUUGUGUAACAAACUACUAAAUGUCCCGACUUAUUUUAGAACUGUAACAAAAUAGCUGGUAUCCCCCACAAACCACAAUUACAAAACAGGAUUUUCCCAAUUCCUCAGACUUUUGUGUGGACAGUUUUACGAUGUAUGUGUUUCUCCUAAAAAAUGUUUUAAUAGAAAACUGGAUUGUGCCUGUUUGUGGAAACAAUUUUCCAAUUGUCAUGUUUGAGUGAUUUGAGGAGCAGAGUGGGGAUAAUAUUAUUUAAAGAAAUACACUAAAGCAACCAGAAGUAGAAACCUAAACUAAAUGAUGUGGUGCUGAUAAUCACAAAGACUUAGACCAAAACCUAAUAAAUAAAAAUAGGACAUACUUUUGUUAUGUUUCCUUUGUGUUAUUACUAAUUGAACGUAUCUUAAAGCCCCAGAAAAUGUGCUUUCAAAUUAUUUUUGUAUUUUUCAUAACAUCAAAUAUUAAUGACUAAAUGUGCAACAAUCAAAGUCAACGUUCGAGGGGUAGAACUGCUAAACAGAAUGAAUGAGCUGAAUGCAUUUUUAAAACAAUCAAAGCUUUAUCCAGUUACCAUGCGUCCUUUAAAGCCACUAGUAGAUUUCUAUUGUAUUUUCUCAUGAAGGAACAGUGCUGUAUAUUUUAUGGAUAUAUUAUAUCGCUCUUUUUUACAUUAUCUGUGAAUAUGCAAAUUGGGUUUUGCUCUAACAAAUGAAGGAAAAUGAUUUAUUUUGAUAUUCAGUCAUAGAAUCUAGUUAUGGCAAUGUGUGUUAUUUAGUUGCCUUUAAUUAAUUUGAUAAAAUAAAAAUAAAACGAUGUUUCUUUCUAUUGUUUAUAAUGUUGAAUCUUUUGUGUUUGUCUUUGUGAAGCCGGUCGACAUAAUUCCUGUAACUCUGAUAAAUGAAGGAGGAUAAAUGCUGCACAUGAAUGCUUUUAUAAAACAAGCCACAAAUAGACUGCUAAAGCAAACCUGGGACUUUUUAUUGAUUUAUAUCUUUAAAAACUGCUGCAAAUUAAAUCUUUUAAAUUUUUUUAUGUGUUGAAAAUAUGCUACAAAAAUCAAAGUGAAUCAAUGAUUUUCUAUGUUUGUUUUAAUUUCCUAAUGUAUCUUUUUUUUUUUUUAA